UGUGCGCGCCGUACAAACUUGUCAACAUUUUUCACUCGCGCUUUUGGAACGCGCCAAAGCGGGAGCACUUUCGAUGGCUGACGGCAGCGGUUGCGCGACUCCGGUGGCCCGCGCGGUUCUGCAGCAAUGUUUGCAGGCGAGGCUGCAGGUGAAGCCGCCGGACGAGCACCAACAAGCUCAGUGGGUUCAGAUUGAAAGAGGCAUGGUGCUCUACGUUUGUUUUUUGAAAGGCGCCACAGAAGACAUCCUUCCCAAGAUGGUUUCCACGCUGCUGAACGUGCGCGUGUGCGAGGCUCCGUCCGGGAAGAUGGUUUCGCUGGCCGAUCUCCCGGGCAGCCUCCUGGUGGUCCCUCAAGCCACGCUGGGGGGCAAAGCCAAGGGCAAGGCCAUGCAGUACCACCACAACGUGGCCAAGGAGGACGGAAUGCGACUCUACGCCCGCUUGGUGGCUCUGUGCCGGCAGGAAGUGACGGCGGCCGGCGUCAGCGUGCAACACGGCACGUACGGGAACCGGCAGGUCCUCCACAUCCAAACCAACGGACCGUACACGCACCUCAUGGAGUUUUGAACGC